CUCUCUCUCUCUCUCUCUCUCAGAGUUCUAAUGCCCAUCCUAAAGAGAACUUCACUCCUUCGCCUUUCUCUCUCCUCCAUCAGAUUCAUCUCCUCUUCCUCUUCAGUUUACAGCUUCGGCGACAGCAGCAAUGGAGCUCUCGGUCUCUCCUCUCCUCUCCUCGACGCCUACGAGCCCACAAAAAUCCCAAAUCUGCCCGUGGCAGCGAGCCACUACCAUUCUCUUGCGGUGACGACCGACAGCGAGGUCUGGGCAUGGGGGAGAAACGUAGAGGGCCAACUUGGGAGAGGUGCCAACUCCCCAAGCAGAGAAACGUGGGGUCAACCAACAAGAGUUGAAGGAUUGGGUCAUGUAACUGCACAGACAGCAUUUGCAUCUGGUGUUGUUUCGUCAGCCAUUGGUGACGACGGCUCUCUGUGGGUAUGGGGGAGAUCAAAACGAGGUCAACUUGGCCUUGGUAAAGGUGUUAUCGAAGCCAUUAAACCCUCCAAGGUUGAGGCACUCUCAGAUCACAAGAUAGUUAAGGUAUCAUUUGGAUGGGGUCAUGCACUGGCUCUGACCAGGGACGGGAAAUUAUUUGGAUGGGGUUACUGCAAAGAUGGAAGGUUAGGAGAAAUGGGUCAGGCAUUGUGUCAACCAUCUGAAAAUGUACCAAGCGCUGACUGGUCUUUGGACAAAUCUUCUAUGCUUGAAAUUGCUGCGAGACACGUUGAACUGAAAAUAAAGGAGGAGGAGAAUAUGCCAAUAAUCUGGGAGCCUCAGUUUGUUGAAGAAUUUAGUUCUCUUAGAGUCUCGGACAUUGCCUGUGGGCUUGACCAUUCAUUAUUUAUUUCUUGCAAAAACACAUUACUAAGUUGUGGAGAUAACACCUACAGUCAACUGGGAAGAAACACCGAAGGAUCCAAAAUCCUACCCGUUAACAUCAACUCCCAACCUCUUUCACUGUCCACAGGCCUCGGUCACUGCCUCUCCAUUUGUCAAACUCGAUCAAACAGCAGCACAGAAGACUCCACCAGAGUUUUCUCAUGGGGUUGGAACCAAAGCUCUCAGCUUGGUCGCCGAGGCCCAGAAGAGAUCCCUGCAAUAAUUGAAAGUUUAGAGGAUGAAAGCAUAGUUUCAGUCUCAGCUGGUCGUGUUCAUUCUCUUGCUUUGACAUCAAAGGGCGACUUGUGGGCUUGGGGUUCAGGAAGAAAUGGGAGGCUCGGAUUGGGGAGUUCGAUGGAUGAAGAGGAGCCAGCUUUGGUUGAGAGCUUGGAGGGAUUGAGAGUUCUUCAGGCUGUUUCAGGUUUUGAUCACAAUCUCAUUCUUGUUGCUGAUUGAUUUGCUACUGUAUCUUUAUAAAAUCCUUUCCAUUAUGGUUGGGUUACAAAAGUUUUCAUGAGUAUGUGCGUUAUGUAAAUAAAUUUGUGCAGUCAGGGUAUGUCUCAUUUGUAAUGUGUUUCUUGAUAAGAGAAAUUUCAAUUAAAUAUCUUAUACUUUGGGAGUGUUCUCAGAAUAUACAACUUUUUUUCAGUG